AUGCAAAACACCAAGCAACAGCAGUUAUAUUCGCAGUUGAGGCGAUUGGUAGAAAAUGGACAUUCAGAGCCAACAACCGAUUCAUUGGAGCAGGCAGUGAAAGUCUGUGACAAAUUAUUGGCAAUAUCCGACACCGAUGUAGAUGCACUUCGAACAAAGCUUGUGGCUCUUGUCAAAUUAGAACGAUACGCUGAUGCAUCAAAUGCACUAUCCACCCACAAGCUAUCAACAAAGGGAUCCAAAUUUAAAAAUAUGGCAGAACUUUAUUUUGAAUCUGCUUACUGUCUGUAUCGUUCUAAUUCAUUGGAAGAUAGCUUGAAGCUCAUUCAGCAGGCGUUAUUGGCUGACGAGAUUCAAAAGUCGCCACUUUAUACUCGAUUCAUGCAUUUAAAGGGUCAAGUGCUGUAUAGGCUUGAACGGUUCAAUGAGUGCAUAAGCUCGGUUUACAAACCUCUAUUAGCUAGCGCCAAUGACCAUUCUGAUACAUAUCGAGUAGAAAUCUUGGCCAAUAUACUGGCUGCUGAAGCUGCUCAAGUACUUGUUGGAUCUGAAAUGGAUACCGACGAUGGUGCUGACGAUGCAAAUACUGAAUCUCCCACCUUUGAAAUUUUGUAUAACCGUGCCUGUAAAGCGAUUGGCAAGCAUAAUUACGAUACUGCUGAAAAGCUUCUUUACAAUGCACAAGCCACGUGUACCAAGUCCAUGAAUGCAGAUGGUUACUCGAAAGAAGAUAUUCAAAAAGAGUUGGUUGUCAUUAAUGCACAACUGGCAUAUAUUAACCAAUGUCAAGGCCGUUUUCAAAAGGCACUUGAUCAAUAUACUUGUAUCAAUCAAUCAAUGAGUGUGGAAAAGAGCAUCGCCGCCGUUAUACAUAACAAUCUAAUGGCAAUUCGUGGAGAACAUUACGAUCUAUUCGAGUCUGCCAAAGUUCAUAAAAACUUUAUGACCAGUGACGUUCUUUUGAAAUUAAAUGCCGGCCAACGUAAUGUGAUGGAAAUCAACAAUGCUUUGCUUUCUAUUUAUCUUGGCAAGAAUGGACAAGCAACGAAACAGCUUACUGUACUCAAAGAAAAGUAUCCCCAUAUUGAUCGCAUUGAAUUGGCUUUUGCAGGACUCCAGUUCCGUCAAAAAAAAUCCAAAGAUGUGACUACAAUGCUUGCCUUUCGCAAUCAACUUGAAAAGAUUGUGGAGCAAUUUCCCAGUUCUGCUUCGGCUCAGCUUACCCUUGUUCAAGUGCUUCUCAAUCUGGGCUAUUAUGAAGAUGUGGUAAAUCAGGUCGAGAAAAUGCUGGAGAUGGACGUGUUUGCUAUGUAUCGUCCAGGAUUAGUGUCUGUUUUGAGUUGGGUAUAUGGAAAAAUGGGUAAUUCUUUGAUGGCAUUAAAGGUAUUGGAGACUGCUGCAAAGGAUAAGUUUAUCAAGGAUAUGUCGCUUUUGGCCCAAUUGGCAGCAUUUAAACUUCGACUUGGACAGUAUGAGGCUGCUUCUAAAGACUAUUUAGAGCUUGUUCAAUUUGAUCCGUUGGACGUACGUGCCAUUGCUGGAUUGGUCAUUUCAUACUCUCAUCUUGAUUCUUCACUUGCUGAAGAGUACGCCAAACAACUUCCUACUCCAUCCAUCUCCCGAUCUGAUCAAGGUGAUGAGAGUAUGCAUGCAUUAAAGAUGGAUGCAGAUGCACUUGAGCUUGCCGUGAUGAAACGCAAAAUGAACCAGCAACUGCGAAUGCAGACUGCUGGUAAAAACGGUGAUGCCACGAAAAACAAAGCAGACAAGCCCAAGACAAAACGUAAAAGAAAGCCGAUUUUGCCCAAAGUAGUCAAUCCUGACAUUCAGCCUGACCCUGAGCGAUGGAUUCCAAAGCAAUUUCGUGCAGCUUUUGCUAAAAAGGGCAAAGGCAAAAAGGACAUGCUACGUGGAUCUCAAGGUGUAAACAUGGAGGGUGGUGGAAUAGGUGGAACAGGAAGUGCUCGUAUUGCAGGCAUCUCUCGGUCGUCUACUUUAGCGGAGACCGAAUCGACUGGUUCAUCCACCGUCAAUGCUCAGCCAUCUCCCCCGACCACCCCAAAGCCUAAACAAAAGAAACGAAAAUGA